AUGAGCGUGCUGAUCCGCAACGCGCAGCGCGCAGCGCCUCUGCGCCGGGUGCCGCUCCGUCGCGCCGUCUGCGCGCUGCGGGCCGCGCUGGGCGCCGCGCGCUUCGACGUGGCGCUGAUCUGCGCCGGCGACGGGCUGAUGAGGCGGCUGAACGGCGCGUACCGCCGGCGCCCCGAGCCCACCGACGUGCUGUCCUUCCCCUACCAUCGGGUGGCGCCGGGCGAGCUCCCGCGGCCGCGCAGCCGCGACGAGUACAACCUCGGGGACAUCUUCCUGGGGGUGGAGCUCAUCCAGCGGCGGUGCCGCCGGGACGGGGAGGACUUCGAGAGCGUGCUGACGGUGAGCGCUGCGGCUCGGAGGAUCUGGGCCUGCGGCCUGGGAGCCCUAGCGUUCGUUUUUCUUCUCGGGUUUUAGCUGCGGGAGGCGGGAGUCUGAAUGGAGCGGUGUCCACUUGAGCGAGCGGUGGGCCCAGGGGAACCUCGUGUUCUCGUGCAUAUUCUCAUGGGACCGUGAAUCUCAUGGUAUCGUGUGUAUUAGAGAAUAUGAAUGUUGGACACAGCAAGCCUGCAUAUGCAUACAGACCGGGGGAGGACAGGCUAGAGAGCAGCCCUGUGGAAAGGGA